CAGGCUCAGUGCUUUCUUGAUUUUUCUUCUUCCCAAAGAUUUCGUCUUCUUCUUCCUCAAAAUUGUAGCUCCGAAUUAGGGUCUCCAAUGGCAGAAGCUAUGGACACUGGAGAUGCAGUUAUGGAAUACACUAUUCCUUCUCUCAUUAAAGAUUCCCUCGAGUCUACUCAGAAAGGCAAGGUUGGUUCUCCAGAAGACAUUUCUUGGGUUGAUUCCUGCCUGAUUAAGGAAUCUGAUAUUUCAGAUGAUAACUGGAAUUCUCUGAAAGCUGCACUAGUAGAAAUCCUCGAUUCUCAUCCUGAAUCACUCGGCUCUUCUUCAGGGAUAAGUGAUGAAUUACAUGGGGAAACAGACAUUGAGAUUCAUCCUUCUAGUGAGGAGACAGAACCAAAUCGCUUCUCUAUUAGGGAAGAAUUGGAUUCAUUAGAUGAUGAUGUUCAAACCAAUGACGAUAUGCCAAUUAGCAAGAAUGCUUAUGAUUUGCAGUCAUUUACUUUUGUAAACUUUCUUUUCGGACACUUGGCCGAUGUAUGGCCGAUUUGGUUGCACUCAAGGCAAAAUUAUGCACGAGAAGCUUCGUAUGUUGCCUUUGCUAUGGACACUGGAGAUGAAGUUAUGGAAAACACUAUUCCUUCUCUCAUUAAAGAUUCCCUCGAGUCUACUCAGAAAGGCAAGGUAGGUUCUCCAGAAGACAUUGCUUGGGUUGAUUCCUGCCUGAUUAAGGAAUCUGAUAUUUCAGAUGAUAACUGGAAUUCUCUGAAAGCUGCACUAGUAGAAAUCCUCGAUUCUCAUCCUGAAUCACUCGGCUCUUCUUCAGGGAUAAGUAAUGAAUUACAUGGGGAAACAGACAUUGAGAUUCAUCCUUCUAGUGAGGAGACAGAACCAAAUCGCUUCUCUAUUAGGGAAGAAUUGGAGACAUUAGAUGAUGAUGUUCAAACCAAUGACGAUAUUCCAAUUAGCAAGAAGGCCUAUGAUUUGCAGUCAUUUACUUUUGAGGGAAAUCCCUUCUUGCCUGGUUACAAGGAUGAGUUGGGAGUGACUGAAAACCUUGAGUUAGGAGUCAAUAAGGAUUCUUGGGCAGCUGAGAUCGAGCCUUCAACUGAGGAUAUAUUCAGGGUUUGGAAUUUGGAAGUUCCAGAAGAAGAAGAUGAACUUGUUAAGCAGUUGAACAACGCCCUUGAAGAAGUAUUGCCUCAAUCCUUACCAUCAAGUUUUGCUGAUUCCGAUGCACAUAAAAAUUUGGAAGAAACUUCAGUUGAUGAUCUGAUUGCUGGGAUUGCCGACCUUUCUUUGAAUCAAAUUUUCAGUUGAACAGUUAAUUGUUUGGUUUAGAUUUGUAUUUUCAUUAUUGUUGAUGUGCUCGUGACAGUUAGAUUCCUGUUGCACAUUUUCACUGAACAUAGAUGGGGCCUAAUUCAGUAUAGUUCAGCCAACAGUUUAUAGAUCAA